CCCUCUUUCCCCGUCCCCUGCCCCCCAGUCUCUUUUCCAUCGAGACGCAGCGAACCGACCGCGGCCCCUUUCCUUCUCGCCGGCUCGGGCCGGAGCUGCAGCCUGUGACCCCGGGGAGAGGCGGUGCCGCUUCCCAAGAUGUCGCAGACGGCCAUGUCCGAAACCUACGAUUUUUUGUUUAAGUUCUUGGUUAUUGGAAAUGCAGGAACUGGCAAAUCUUGCUUACUUCAUCAGUUUAUUGAAAAAAAAUUCAAAGAUGAUUCAAAUCAUACAAUAGGAGUGGAAUUUGGCUCAAAGAUAAUAAAUGUUGGUGGUAAAUAUGUAAAGUUACAAAUAUGGGAUACAGCAGGACAAGAACGAUUCAGGUCUGUGACAAGAAGUUAUUACAGAGGUGCAGCAGGGGCUCUCCUUGUGUAUGACAUUACCAGCCGAGAAACCUACAAUGCGCUUACUAAUUGGUUAACAGAUGCCAGAAUGCUAGCAAGUCAAAACAUUGUGAUCAUCCUCUGUGGAAACAAGAAGGAUCUGGAUGCAGAUCGUGAAGUUACAUUCUUAGAAGCUUCCAGAUUCGCUCAAGAAAAUGAGCUGAUGUUUUUGGAAACAAGUGCACUAACCGGGGAGAAUGUAGAAGAGGCCUUUGUACAGUGUGCAAGAAAAAUACUUAACAAAAUUGAAUCAGGUGAGCUGGAUCCAGAAAGAAUGGGCUCAGGAAUUCAGUAUGGAGAUGCUGCCUUGAGACAGCUGAGGUCACCGCGGCGUGCACAAGCCCAGAGUGCCCAAGAAUGCGGCUGUUAGGCUUCAGCGCUGGAGCACCCCAGGUGUACAUACAAUUGUAUUUGGGACACAAUUGUUGGAGCUUGAAGAAUCUGAAGUUUUUUUACCACCAUCUUUUUCUACUCUUUGCAGAAGUAGAUCUUUGUGGGAAAAAGUAAUUUGGGAUAUUAUGCAAGCUAGUAGAUGUGGCACAGCAAACUAUACAACAAAUCUAAUUCAGUGGACAAUACCAUUAGAUGUAUACAUGUAUGUACAGAUGUCCUGUUCCAUAGUUUUCCUUUUACCUUUAGUUUAAAACAUGGCUAUGUACUGUAUAUAUUGUAGCUCAGUUAAGUCUCCACAGCAUGAUAUAUGAUAUAUGAUAUAAUAGAAUGUUGCACUACACGGAGUUUAAUAUGUUAAGUUUUUUAAUCAUAUGAACUAAAAUUUGUUAAUUGUGAGGUGUGCUUUUAUCAUCAUGUCAGUUAUAUUGCACAAUUGGUUAUAUUUAUGACCUGAUAUUCAAGGACUCUGGCAUUGAUGGCCAGUGCGUUUCUUAUUUAAUUCUAUUUACCACAUUCUGCACAGUGUUUGCACAGUCUACACUUGAAAUACUAGAUCAGUAGUUAUCCACUAACAUACCAUAAUAAAAAUGAAGAAUGACGUUUUUUCCAUUAACUUUA